CUGCCGUUCUGACUCCAGGUCAAUGUUUGUACCUGCGGGGUUGGGAUCCUGGUACCCUGCACCUGUUUCCCCAGGGCAGGCCUGUGUUGUCUGAGCCAGCAGGCAGGGUGGCCAGCGACUGCAGAGAUGACCCUGUUCCCAGAUCAGCCACAGGGGGCCUCAGUACUCUGUCCACCAUUACUGCCUCCCUGUCCCUGAUCCUGGGCCUAUCUUCACGAUCCUGAAAGGGGUUGCUCGAAAGAGCUACACAGAGGGGACCGGCACACAGAAGCGGGUCUGCGGCGCAUGGGUUCUAACUGUUCGGUGUGUCAGCCCAGUCCUUCUUCCACUGCUUCACACUGGCCAGUGCUGCCUUCAACCUACAGGUGGCCACCCCUGGGGGCCAGGAGGGAACUUACUCCUCCAGGUAAGAGGAUCUACAAUCAAACUUGGUGGGAUCCUUAAGUCAACGUCCCAACUCCCUGGACUAUGACUACCUGUGUUAAUGGGGCUCUUUUCAUUGUGGCUUGCACUUUUGCAGGUCUAUAAGUAAAAGGGAAAGGCCAUGGACUUUGUGGACGUGACUGAGAACAAUGCACGUUGGGUACAAGACUUCCGCCUCAAGGCUUAUGCCAGCCCUGCUAAGCUUGAGUCCAUAGAUGGUGCCCGGUACCAUGCUCUCCUGAUUCCCAGCUGUCCUGGUGCCCUGACUGACCUUGCCAGCAGUGGGUCCCUGGCUCGGAUACUGCAGCACUUCCGCUCAGAGAGCAAACCCAUUUGUGCCAUUGGCCAUGGUGUUGCUGCCCUGUGCUGUGCUACCAAUGAAGACAGGUCCUGGGUGUUCCAAGGCUACAGUCUGACAGGGCCUUCUGUGUACGAGCUCAUCAGGGCACCUGACUUUGCCUGCCUGCCGCUGGUUGUUGAGGACUUUGUGAAGGACUCUGGUGCUGGCUUCAGUGUGAGCCGGAUGCUGUGCAUGUGGUGCUGGACCGCCACCUGGUCACUGGCCAGAAUACAAACUCUACUGUUCCUGCUGUCCAGAACCUGCUCUUCCUCUGUGGCAGCCGGAAGUAACUUGGAUGCUGUCCCUGAUCCUGGUGGCCUAGAGACAACAGCUGAACUCACUGUGGCUUCUUCUGUUGGCCCUUACUUGACAGGGCUCUCAAGCCUCCAUCUGGACUUUGUGGAAUCCUGGAGGCUUCCAGGAGUUAAGACUUGUAGAGUAUCAGUUCUAAUGUAGACUGAAACCCCUCCCUCCAUUCCCAGCCCAUAGUGUGGAGCAUCUUGGCUGGUCAGGCAGUCCCUGAGAACUGCAAAUUGAACAUUCCAAGAAGAAUCAUCCAUGGGAGAUAGUCAGCUGUGGGGUCUUAGGAUGGGGUGUUGCUCUUCCAUGGCCCUUUGGCUGUUCCCAUCCCUUUAGUUGUUGGUAGGAACCCUGGGGAAGGGACUGACUGACUGGUGCUUGCUCUGAAUUCAUCUUGCCAAAGGUCUAAGCAGGCAGCAUUCUUGCUGAAGAAAUCUGCCCUUGCUGGCCUGUGGUUUUUAAUGCAAUAGAGGCCCCAGCUCAGCCUGGCAUGGUCCUGGGCCCUUGGAGUGGACACAGUAAUGUUACCCUGCCUCAUCUGGCAUGGAAAAAAUAUUAGUGUCACACCUUGAGAUCCUUAGACUGCUGUUACUCCACAGUCUGUCCAAUGGCCUCUAGCUUACAAAAGCCUCUCAGCCCAGGUCUUUAUUUCAUCUACUCCUGGAAGGAAUGGCUACAGAUAGGCUUGGGUUCUAUGUGCCUGAGCCUUUCACUAUGGAAUAGGAAUAGCCAUGAGUCCUGUCUCCCAGACCCUGGACAGGCUUUAGCUGAGGACCUGAUGUGGCUGUGUGGACAUGCUUGUUUUCUGUCAAUCCUGGGGCACCUGGCCUGGACUGUAGCCUCCAGUGAGCAGCCUUCUAGCCCUGGAAUAGAACCUAACAGAUAACUUGGACCUCUCAACUUCCAUCUCCACUUAACUUUUGCACAUCCCAAGCUCCAGAAUAGCGCUAGUGUCAGAGACCUGGAGAAAUACCUUUUGGUGGUUAAUAAUCUUUAAUGAGGGAAUUCCAGAACCAAGUGGAAGAAAGAAGCAGGAGAGCCCACCUGCCCCUGGAUUCCUCCCUGGCCUUGCAAUGCUGACAUCUGCCAUGUGCACUAUGACUAUGCAAUGAUGGAUACUCCUGGACAAAACCUUCAAAAUCUGAGGCUUGGCGCCCAAGGCUUGGCUGGUUCAGGCACAGGCUAGAUGGUCUGUAAACAACAAAUACAUUUCACUCACAUCUUGAA